CAAAGAUAGGGUCUGUUUUCUUGUCUUUGUAGCACUGGGUGUGGUGAAUUCUUUUAAGGAUGAUCAGGAUUGGGGGUGGGUAGGAGCAGGUAGUUCAAUGUAUUUUAGAGGCAGAAGAGCCUUUAGAGUAAAAAGUCGAGACUCCGUGCUCUAGGAGGGUCGGGUAAUAGAACUGGAGAUGUUAGGCUGGAGGAGAGAAGAUUUGGGAAUGGUACCUACUGCUAGCUUUCUACGGCUAUGUGAAGGACCAUACGGAAACUGUUCUGCUUAGCCCCAAGGGGCAGAACUCGGAGCCUACGGAUGGCUGUUAAAGAAGCAGCUCUGGGGGAAAGCUCUUAAUUAGAGCCAUCUAGACCGGAGGACCUUCUUUAGAGAUUUCUCCUCAGAGACAGGUUGGACUAGAAGACCCUGAGGGUCUUCCAGCUUUUAUGCUUCUGGCUUGCUUGAGCUGGGGACUUCUUGAGCCUGGGAUGAGAUUCUGGACGUUCCGUUCGCGGUUCGUUCCCGGUUCUGACCCCACCCAAUUCUUUUACCUAAACUGCUAAAUAGGUGCAGGCUUUAUUCAGCUUGAAUUUGGGGGCUGGGCAGGACUCGGAAACCUCCAGGUCUAGCCUGAGGCUCUGACAACCCCCAUCCCUCUGACGCCCCGCCCUUUUCGAGAAACUGAAAGCGGAAAAGCGGGGAGCGUGGGGGGGUGCUAUUUGUUCUGCGCAGAGACAAAGGCCUGGGAAACAGCUGGGAAAUCUCAGUACCCUCUUUACUGGGGCCUGUAAGGUGAGACCCUCGGGAGCCGCGGGAUCCACGGGAGCAAGGAUGGCCGGAGCCGGGUCCUCCCGAGUGGAGCGGGAGAAAUGUGUCAGACGCUUGAGGGAGAAGUUUCAUGGCCACGUGUCAGUGAAGAAGGCUAAUGUCUUAAUGCAGAGAUACAACGACAACCAUAACCUUGUUGCUUCCUGGCUGGUUAAGCAAAUGAAUGACAUCAGACCAGAAGAAGGAGAUGGACACCAACCAGACCCAAUUGUCCAGGACCGGCAAAAUGUCUUACAGGACAGAGACAUUGAGGAGGUAGCAGCCACCAUGAGUUUACCCCUGACAGAGAAAAAUCUGCGUAUGUUGGAUGAUGCCCAGAAGGGCCAUAUCGCCAAGGAAGACUGCCAGUUUGCCUGUCAGCCCUGCGAUUUCAUGUGGUGGCGCCGGGUGCCUGAACGCAAAAAGGUGUCCCGGUGCCGGAAAUGCAAGGUGAAGUAUGAUCCAGUGCCCAAAGACAAGAUGUGGGGUAUAGCCGAGUUCCAGUGUUUACAGUGUGGCCAUACCUUCAAGGGUUUUGCCCAGAUGGGAAACCCAUCUCCAUGCUAUAGCUGUGGUAACCCUGUUCUGCCAAAUCGAAUCCUCCCCCCUCGCCGACCCCAGAAUGAGAGAAGCAGAAAACAUGAACAUUCCUGCUUUGCUGAGACCUGCUACAAUCGACAAGGAUCCUAUGAACCAGGGACUUCCUGUGUGCAUCCCAAGAGCCGGAAACAGAAACACAUGCCUGUUGUCUUGUUCCCAAGUGCUGUCCAUGAUAGUAGUGGCUCCACAGUGGCCACCUGCCUUAGCCAAGGCAGCCUCAUUGAAGACCUAGACAGCAUCAUCCUGGAGGACAUCAAAGAGGAAGCAGAAGAAGAGGAAGGCAACUAGGCACCUUAGACCACCCCACCUUCCCACCCAGAAAUCCCCUACCUACUUGGAGGACCAGUGUUGACCUAUGGGACCAGCAGAAGUUGGGGGUGGCUGCUAGGCUGUGGUCUAGGAGAAGGCUGACAAGUCACCAGGAGGAAGUCUCGGGUUACUCAGGCCUUUCCCUAUGAUGUAGGAACUUCUACGUGUGUGCAUUCUUGCAUUGUGGAAGGGGGUAAGGACCUCCUGACCACUUCCACAUGGGAGACAGCAUAGCCCCCACCCACAUGACAUAUUCACAGACAUAUAUUAUGUUGCUAAUGUUUUAUAUACCAUGUUCAAAAUAACAAAGGGACAUUUCCUGUUUCUGAA